CUUUGGUAAUAACAAUUUUCUUUGUUGUGUUCCUAUUCUCAAUUCUCAAUCUUUAAGUACCAUAAACUUUUUGUUACAGCAAAAAGUUACCCUAUAGAGUUUCUAAAAACUUAAUGUUUAUUAAAAUCUAAAACCAUGUCCGCUGUCGAACGUUUCGAUGUAGAAAGAGUAGCAAAAAUAUUCCAGGAUUGUUUGCAUGAGAGCGAUGAUGUGCUGCUGGAUUCAUACUUAGAGGCUUAUGAAGAAAUCAAUAAAUUUUUUCAUUUAAUGGGAUCCGUAUUCGGAUUUGUUAGUAGUGAUGUCCGUAGUAAAAUCGAUAUACUUUGUGAAUACAGACAAAAGGAAUCAACUGGUGAACGUUUCCUUACAAUUAAAACAAUGAUAACCUAUGAGAAAGAAGAGCAACUUCUUAAAGAUAACAAUUAUGUGUCUGGCUCGAGGACACUGCUGCGACUGCAUAGGGGAUUGGAAUUCAUAUACGAGUUUCUAAAACGAUUGUCUGAAUUAAAUGAAUGUGAUAAAACGCACGCUUGCUGCAAGAGUGCGUAUAAUGACACGUUAGCGAAACAUCAUCCUUGGGUGGUCCGCAAAGGAGCUGUUGUCGCCAUGUAUGCGUUGCCAACACAGGGAGAAUUGCUAAAACGAGUUUGUAUAAAUGUGUCACGUGCGAUAGAGGUGCUCCCUGAAAUGCUACAACAUACCAAAUCAGUUUACGAUCGUGUUGAACUGCUUUAUACCGCUCAUGAUUUGCACGAUUUACCCUAAAGUAUUCAUAAUUAUAUAAGCAAAAGUAAUAGAUAUUUUAAAUUUUUUGUUGAGUUAAUAGGGCAUUCCAAAAGAAGUCAGUGUGAACAGUAUCAAUUUGAGUGAUGAAUUUGAUACUCUAAAAAUUUCAUUCAAUUAGUGCUUAGGCUUAAUGUAUAAUUAGCAAAUUUAUAAAAAUCAUGAUAAUGACAUUUAACGCGCAUUCAUAUUUCUACAACUUUUCAAAUUAAAUGCAAUUGAUAAUAAAUUGAAUUUACUUGUCUAUUUUCUAUUAAUAA